AGGGGAAUAUACCGAAACAGAAAAUGGAAUAUGUCAUUGGAGUUGCUUAUAAAAGCUCGUUUCAUAACGCUUGCAAUUUGUCCUUGUUCAUCAACAGCUUCAACGCUCAUUUCACUUCCUCUGCCUCUCUCUCUCUCUCUACAUUUUCCCCAGAAAUUAAUGAUCAUUUCUCUCUACACUCUUCUGACAUAUACCUUAAACACUUGAUCAGAUCAGUUCUAACACACGUAAAAAGAAGAUUGUUGUAUAUUCAUAGGUGAACAAGAAUGGCUGGGGAUCAGUUAAAAGUGUUGAAUGCACUCGAUGUAGCGAAGACGCAAUGGUACCAUUUUACAGCCAUCAUAAUCGCCGGAAUGGGAUUCUUCACCGACGCUUACGAUCUCUUCUGCAUCUCUCUUGUCACCAAGCUCCUUGGCCGCAUUUACUACCACGUCCCAGGCUCCGCAAAGCCCGGGACUCUCCCUCCCAACGUUGCUGCUGCCGUCAACGGUGUUGCCUUCUGUGGAACCCUAGCCGGUCAACUCUUUUUCGGGUGGCUUGGAGAUAAGCUCGGGAGGAAGAAAGUUUAUGGAAUGACGUUGAUGGUCAUGGUCCUUUGCUCUGUCGCCUCUGGUCUCUCUUUCGGACACGAGCCAAAAACCGUGAUGGCCACGCUAUGUUUCUUUAGGUUUUGGCUAGGGUUUGGGAUUGGUGGUGACUAUCCUUUGUCCGCAACAAUCAUGUCUGAAUACGCUAACAAAAAAACUCGUGGAGCGUUUGUUUCUGCCGUUUUCGCUAUGCAAGGGUUUGGUAUCAUGGCUGGUGGCAUCUUUGCUAUAAUUAUCUCCUCUGCUUUUGAAGCUAAGUUCCCUGCCCCGGCCUAUGCGGAAGAUGCCUUGAGAUCCACGAUUCCUCAAGCAGAUUUAGUAUGGCGUAUAAUCUUGAUGGUUGGUGCUAUCCCUGCGGCCAUGACGUAUUACUCAAGGUCCAAGAUGCCUGAAACCGCAAGAUACACAGCUUUGGUUGCUAAGGACGCAAAGCUGGCUGCUUCAGACAUGUCUAGGGUUCUGCAAGUGGAGAUAGAGGCAGAACAGGAGAAAGUGGAAGAGAUCUCAAAUAAUAAGUCCAAAGCCUUUUCCUUGUUUUCCAAGGAAUUCAUGAAACGCCAUGGGCUUCAUUUGCUAGGUACCACAUCAACAUGGUUCCUUCUCGACAUCGCUUUCUACAGUCAAAACCUUUUCCAAAAGGAUAUUUUCAGCGCAAUAGGGUGGAUACCUCCGGCUCAAACUAUGAACGCGAUUCAAGAACUUUUCAAGAUCGCACGCGCGCAGACUCUCAUUGCCUUGUGUAGCACGGUACCUGGUUACUGGUUCACAGUUGCUUUUAUAGACGUCAUUGGAAGGUUUGCGAUUCAGAUGAUGGGAUUCUUCUUCAUGACGGUGUUUAUGUUUGCUUUGGCUAUUCCAUACAACCACUGGACUCACAAGGAGAACCGAAUUGGAUUCGUUAUCAUGUACUCUUUGACGUUCUUUUUCGCUAACUUUGGACCCAAUGCUACAACCUUUGUUGUACCAGCGGAGAUCUUCCCAGCCAGGUUCAGAUCCACCUGCCAUGGUAUCUCUGCUGCAUCAGGUAAACUAGGUGCGAUGGUUGGUGCGUUUGGGUUCUUGUACUUGGCUCAAAGCCCUGACAAGAACAAGACAGACGCAGGAUACCCUCCAGGUAUUGGAGUCAGAAACUCGCUUCUCGUGUUAGGUGUGGUUAACUUCUUGGGUAUCCUCUUCACUUUCUUGGUACCUGAAUCUAAAGGGAAGUCGCUCGAGGAAAUGUCCGGUGAAAAUGAAGACAAUGAGAACACAACAAGUGAUAGUAGAACGGUCCCCAUUGUGUAGUUUGAUUUAAUAAGUCUUUUUGUUUCUAUUUUUCUCUUAUCUUUUUGUUUCUAGCAACUUAAGUUGUUCUUCGUUUGAUAUUUUGAUGUUCUAACGCUAUUGAAAUCAAAAUGUUUGUGUAUCGAUUUUAAAAGAAAUGUUCUCCUUCA